UAUGCUGUUUAAGCAUUCAUUAGCUGUUAACCUUUGCCCAGAUAUUCAUUUUGUAUAGCUAUGCACGAAAGGCGAACACCUCCUUUUGGAAUAGUAGAAGAUAGCAAUAGACGCUUAGGAAACUAUACACACUCUCAUGAAACUGUAAAUAAGUCAACCUAUUCUUGUUAUUCGAUAGGAGAAUGCGAAGUAUGUUCACCUCUCGAAAAGAAAACGCAGCCCUAUUGUAGUGAAUUUGGUAAUAAACAAGCAGUGCGCUGUGAGUGGGAUGAUCCCGAACUAGCCGAUAGGAAAAGCCAAACAAUGAUAUAUGACGACGACUCUAUAUCUUUACCAUCGUUCCAAUCAUGCCCAAGAGUAAAAAUGAUUGAACAAAAGCGACUCAUUCGAUUUGAGGUCACUGUUAUUUUGACUGCCAUAGUGUCUAUAACCAUAUUUAUCUGGAGACAGAAAAAGAUCACUCAAGAGCAAUACCAAAGACUAGCCAAAAGAAUUGGGGUCACAAUUAUAUAGAAGUGUAUUUGUUUAUUGUCAUCAGUAUUUCAUUCUUCCACGUUGAAUGAAAUAAAAAGGAAGCAUGAUCUAGUCCUUUCAUAACGGCUGAAUCUAUGCCUUGACGAUUUAGAUAAUCAUUUACGCGUAAUGAAUUGACUAUAUUAUCCUUUUCUGAUAAGUAAACUUUGGUAUUCUCUGGCAUCGUAACUGAACAAUUAGACGCAUGACGAUGAUGAGAUGCUAC